AUGUCAUGGCUAUUUAAAAAAAAGAAACAAGUUGACUUUGGGGGGGAGUUAGAUCGAUUGGAAGAAAGGUUAGAUGAAGUGCAAUACAAGAUUGAAACCUUGAAAGAAAAGAAGAAAAACAUCCAGUUUCGAUACUCCAUCCUUUCUUUUCUGAUUUACACAGUAGCCGCGUCUUUACGGGCCUAUCGGUCUUCUCUUCUUGUUGACCAUCGUGUGCUUUCGACGUCUCUAUGGAUCGUCUUGUAUUUAUUGGGUGUUGGAUUACUCUAUCUCCUUCGACACGGCAUAGCUUGGAUUUAUGAGCGACGGCUGCGGAGGGCUAACUCGCGUCGACGUAAGUUCCAAGAAGAGAAACGCCAAUUAUUAGAUGCUUUGAAAAGCCGAAAGGAGUAUUUUGAGACGCAGGCUUUGUUGGAAAAAUAUGGUGAGCAAUCCCCUCGAUCCAGAAAACAAGUCGUCGAUUUUGGGAAACGUAAAGGAAAGGGAGGAUCCGGUGAACCAGGAGAGCUGCCUGUAGGUAUUCUUCCAAAUUCUUCUGUCAACGAUGCGCAGUCUCAGCAUUGGUACGACAAAGUGUUGGAAGGUCUCGUGGGAGCAGAUGAGAGAGAAGAGCAAAACCGAGAAGCACUAAUAUGUCAGCAUUGUUUCCGUCACAAUGGUCUUGCUUCUGUUGGUGAACGAGCAAAGUUUGUUCGUUAUGUCUGUUUGUACUGCAAAGCAUGGAAUGGUCCUUCCUUAGACUCGGAUCGUUCCUCGUUGAGUUCCUUGACUCCAAGGAGAUCUAAAUCUACUUCAUCGUCGAGUAGAUUAUCCGAGUCUCUCCCUGUAGAAACAACCCCUGUACCCGAGACGAAGCAGCAUCCUGGUGACUUACCUCUUUUAACGUCAGAUGUUUCUCCAACACCUAUCCCUUUUUCUGCAUUUUCUUACCGGAAGAGUCUUGUGCCUGCUACUCCUCCAACGUCAGCAGCUGCUAUGGGUGCUGCGGAUACGGACUAUCCGGAUGUCUCUGUUGAUAGUAUUUAUGAUUCCUUUCAUACAGUAGCCAAUGAUGCGCCUGACGUACUUAGCCCUAUACAAGAACAAAAUCGAUGA